CCACGACCACGACCCUCCAGCUCCUCUCGUGGGGCCGAGGCGCGUCGGGUCAACUCGGCGGCGGGAUCGAGGAGAUUCGGAUGUACCCGUCUCCGGUCGCUAACCUCCUCCUUCGCCGCUCAGACCAAUCCUUCUCUCUCGCCCAGACGCCCGGAAGAAUCGACGCGGUAAACGGGUCGGGUUUUCGGGUUGGAGUCUCUUGCGGGUUGUUCCACUCGGGUCUGACGGUCGAUGGGGAUCUGUGGGUUUGGGGGAAAGGAGACGGAGGGAGGCUAGGGUUCGGACAAGAGAGCUCUGUCUUCGUCCCCAAGUUGAACCCGCUUUUCGAGGAGCGUUCGAUUCGCUCUGUCGCUCUCGGUGGGUUACAUUCUGUGGCUUUAACACACAAAGGAGAUGUUUUUACUUGGGGUUAUGGUGGAUUUGGUGCGCUUGGACAUUCAGUUUACACCAGAGAACUCGUUCCUCGACGUGUUGAAGGCUCUUGGGACUCUAAAAUCUCUGCCAUUGCAACCAGCGGAACUCAUACCGCUGCUAUUACCGAAUCAGGGGAGCUAUAUAUGUGGGGUAGGGAGGAAGGAGACGGUAGGCUAGGGCUCGGGCCAGGCCGAGGACCAAACGAAGGUGGUGGGCUUAGUGUUCCCUCAAAGGUCAAAGCUUUAUCAGUUCCCGUAGCUUCUGUAUCCUGUGGUGGUUUCUUCACAAUGGCGCUAACACAAGAGGGACAACUGUGGAACUGGGGAGCAAACUCAAAUUAUGAGCUCGGACGCGGUGAUAACUUGGGAGGUUGGGAACCAAUGCCAGUACCCAGUUUAGAAGGCGUUCGUAUAACUCAGAUUGCGUGUGGUGGAUAUCACUCUCUUGCAUUAACCGAGGAAGGUAAAGUGCUCUCGUGGGGACACGGUGGCCACGGACAGUUAGGUAAUGCUUCGCUACGAAACCAGAAAGUACCUACAGAAAUCGAAGCAUUAGCAGACAAGAAGAUCGUCUUCAUAGCUUGUGGAGGUUCCUCUUCUGCAGCGAUAACAGAUGGAGGUGAACUCUGGAUGUGGGGAAACGCUAAAGACUUCCAGUUAGGAGUUCCAGGACUCCCUGAGAUCCAAACUUCUCCGGUCCAAGUCAACUUCUUAACCGAAGAAGACGAGCUUGGACCGCACAAGGUUAUCUCAGUUUCCAUCGGUGCCUCUCACGCUCUCUGUUUGGUCUCAAGAUCACAUUAAAUAAACACAUUCUGAUAUUUAACUAUGCUUUUGAGAGUAUAAUGAUUAUACAAAUAAAUGAACAAAGAUCUUUUAUCUUUACAUUAUCACAAUCAACAGUUCAGUUC